GGGGGGCGGGGCAGCGGGGCCGGAGCUCCGCCCCCUCGGCGCGCCCAGUCACUUCCGUCCGCCGGGACCCGAGAGGCGGCGGCGGUGAGGGCAGGGCGCCUCGGGCGGGCCCGCCUUGGCUUGAAGCGACGCCGGAGUCCGGGCAGCCGGCGCGGUCUGCACGCGCGAUGGCGGAGACGGAGCAGCCCCGGGGCCGCCUGUGGCUGCAAAGCCCCCCGGGAGGGGCGGCCCCCAUCUUCCUGCCCUCGGACGGGCAGCCCCUGGUCCUAGGCCGGGGGCCACUGACGCAGGUUACGGACCGGAAGUGCUCGAGAACCCAAGUGGAGCUGGUCGCGGACCUGGAGACCCGGACCGUGGCGGUGAAACAGCUGGGAAUUAACCCCUCAACUGCUGGCACUCAGGAACUGAAGCAGGGCUUGGAGGGCUCGCUGGGGGUUGGGGAUACGCUGUAUUUGGUCAAUGGCCUGCACCCGCUGACCCUGCGCUGGGAGGAGACCGACUCACCAGGAUCCCGGCCAGCUACUGCACCCGGCACCCCUCCAGAGCCCCCAGAGGAGGAGCCGCCGGAGAAGCGGAGGCGGAGGUCGGCCCCAGGCUGGGCGCACCUGGACAAGCUGCUGGUGUUCACCGCGCCCGGCGUGCAGCCCCGCGCCAAGGUGGCUGGCUUUGAUCUGGACGGGACCCUCAUCACCACCCGCUCCGGGAAGGUCUUUCCCACUGGCCCCAGUGACUGGAGGCUCCUGUACCCGGAGAUUCCGCGGAGGCUACGGGAGCUCGAUGCGGAUGGCUACAAGCUGGUGAUCUUCACCAACCAGAUGGGCAUCGGGCGCGGGAAGCUGCGGGCAGAGGAGUUCAAGGCCAAGGUGGAGGCCGUGCUGGAGAAGCUGGGGGCCCCCUUCCAGGUGCUGGUGGCCACGCACGCGGGCUUGUACCGGAAGCCGGUGAGCGGUAUGUGGGACUACCUGCAGGAGCAGGCCAAUGAGCGCAUGCCCAUCUCCAUCGGGGACAGCGUGUUUGUAGGAGACGCAGCAGGACGCCCAGCCAACUGGGCCCCUGGACGGAAGAAGAAAGACUUCUCCUGUGCCGACCGCCUGUUCGCCCUCAACCUCGGCCUGCGCUUCUCCACGCCGGAGGAGUUCUUUCUCAAGUGGCCGGCGGCCAGCUUCGAGCUCCCAGCCUUCGACCCGAGGGCCGCGUCACCCUCAGGCCCCCUCUGGCUCCCGGAGUCCAGCCCCCUGCUGAGCGACAGCCCGGAGGUGGUGGUCGCCGUCGGAUUCCCUGGUGCCGGGAAGUCCACCUUCCUUACGGAGCACCUCGUGUCGGCCGGCUACGUCCACGUGAACCGGGACACGCUGGGCUCCUGGCAGCGCUGCGUGACCGCGUGUGAGGCGGCCCUGAAGCAGGGCAGGCGGGCGGUGAUCGACAACACGAACCCGGACGCGGCCAGCAGGGCCAGGUACAUCCAGUGCGCCCGGGCCGCGGGGGUCCCCUGCCGCUGCUUCCUCUUCACGGCCACGCUGGAGCAGGCGCGCCACAACAACCGGUUCCGCGAGAUGACAGGCUCCUCGCACGCACCCGUGUCGGACGUGGUCAUGUACGGCUACAGGAAGCAGUUCGAGGCCCCGACGCCCGCCGAGGGCUUCGCCGCCGUCCUGCAGAUCCCCUUCCGGCUGCGGCUGGAGCCGCGGCUCGAGCGGCUGUACCGCCAGUUCUCCGAGGGCUGAGCCCGCAAUAAACGCGCUUUGCCGCCGA